AUGGCUUUCGGUUUACCUGCAUUUAUUUUAAGUGAUGAAUCCAAAGAACGCAUCACCAAGAUUUUAAGCUUUACUCAAACAGCUGCUCAUUACGGUUGGAUCCCACUCAUUUUAUACUUGGGUUGGUCUCAAGCCUCUGAAAAACCAAACUUAUUUAAUUUAUUAAGCCCAUUGCCAAGUGCUUGA